AUGUCGGCUCAAAAGCGUAGUGUAGCCAUUCUUACGUCUGGCGGCGACUGUGCCGGAAUGAAUGCUGUUGUAUCUACGGUUGUGAAGAUGGCACUCUAUCGCGGUUGCGAUACUUAUGUAAUCCGUGAAGGGUAUGAAGGUCUAGUCAAGGGGAAUGAUGAAGCUGAGAUUGGGGAUGAUGAUGAUGUCAAUGUAAAGCAUCUGAACAAUAUGCCUCUUUCGUAUAACUGUGGAGAUUUCUUCCGUCUUGGUGACUUUGAUGGCGGUGAGUCUUACUUGAAUCACCGCUAUAUCGUUAAAAUUGGCUGGGACGAUGUGCGGGGCUGGAGUCAGAUGGGCGGAACACUUAUUGGAACAGCCCGUUGCCAAAAAUUUCGGGAGCAUGAAGGACGUCUCAAAGCUGCUUACAAUUUGAUUUAUCACGGUAUAGAUUCGCUGGUUCAGGCGAAGCGUUUCGCUCAUCUUCACAUGGCAGGUCUAGUUGGCUCCAUUGAUAACGACCUCACCAGCACGGAACUUACAAUUGGCGCCUCUACGGCACUUCAGCGCAUUUGUGAGUCUCUUGAUGCAAUUUCGAGCACAGCAAGCUCGCAUAGCCGUGCAUUUGUGGUUGAGGUGAUGGGUCGUCAUUGCGGCUGGCUUGCUCUCAUGGCAGGUAUUGCUUCGGGCGCCGAUUAUGUCUUUAUUCCAGAACGACCUCCGCCAGAGGAUUGGCGCCAGGACCUACGGGAAAAGCUCUUAAAGACACGAGAACAAGGAAAGCGUAAAUCAAUUGUGGUUUUAGCUGAGGGCGCUAUUGAUCGUGAGCUACAGCCAAUCACAUCAGAUAUGGUCGCUGCGGUACUUCGUGACCUUCACUUGGACACUCGUGUGACCAUUUUGGGCCAUACCCAGCGUGGAGGAAGUCCUGACGCCAAUGACCGUAUUUUAGCGACGCUUCAAGCCAUUGACGCGCUUGAAGCAAUUAUGGAAGACGAACCGUCAAAACCAUCAUACAUUAUUGGAAUCACUCAAGGUCGUGUAACGCGGUUUCCCCUCCGUGAAUCGAUUGCCCAUAACAAUCUUUUGCCGGAGGCCAUUAAGGAGAAAAGAUUUGAUGAUGCUAUGAGCUUGCGCGGAAAAGAAUUCCAUGAUGGAGUCAAAAUUUUUCUGUACAAUUCUAUCCAAAUGGAUGGCAAAGCACCUAACGAUGAACCCCUUACUAUUGGCAUCAUGCAUGUUGGGGCGCCGGCUGGUGGUAUUAAUGCGGCUGCUCGCACAGCUGUGCGUUUCUGUCUUCACCAUGGACAUACGCCGCUUUUAAUUCAAAAUGGCUUUAAAGGCUUAAUCAAGGGUCAGAUUUACAAAGCCGGCUGGCUGCGUGUCGACUCCUGGGCCUCUUCGGGUGGCUCCGAGCUGGGUAUUAACCGCCUACUCCCUGACACGGAUCUGCCUGGUGUUGCGGAUCAGUUAGAGAAGAACAAGAUCCAGGGUCUACUGAUUAUUGGAGGAUUUGAAGCCUUUCAAUCGAUCAAGAUCUUAAGUGAGUCCCGCCAAGAUUUUCCACCAUUCCGUAUUCCUAUGGUGGCACUUCCAGCAACGCUUUCAAACAACCUCCCUCUGAACGAGUACUCAGUGGGAACGUAUACAUCACUUAAUGUCCUCUGUCGCACCUGCGACAUGAUCCUUCAGUCGGCCUCGUCGUCUCGCAAUCGUGUGUUUGUGUUGGAAGUACAAGGAGGUCAUUGUGGUUUUCUUCCUGUUAUGGCAGGCCUGGCUGUGUCUGCUUCACGCAUUUAUACGCCUGAGAGGGGCAUCACCCUUUCCCAGCUAGAUGGAGACCUCAAGUUCUUGAAACGUCGGUUCAAAGCCGAUCCAGAAGACUCUAAUGAUGGACGAAUUGUCAUUUGCAGUGAAAAGGCUUCGCCUGUGUACACAGCCCCCUUCAUCUCAGACGUCUUCGGCAAGGAGGGUGGUGCGAUCUUUGACAGCCGAUACGAGCGUCUUUCUCAUCAAUUACAGGGUGACACACCAUCACCCUUGGAUCGUUUGAAAGCCUCUCGUUUGGCUGUCAUAUGCUGUGAAUUUUUGGAGAAACAUGCUGGCUCUGCCUGUGCAUGGGAUCCACCAUCGGCCAUGAUUUCCAUUCGUCAAGGACAAAUCCAUAUCACGCCUAUUGCUCAAAUGGUAAAACAUGCUGACUUUGUGUACCGUCGUGGCGAUGAGCAGUGGUGGGCCCCAUGCGAGCAAUACGCGGAUAUCAUUAGCGGGAGAGUCUCUAUCUAG